ACCACAACAGCAGCUCCAACAACUACAACUGAAGCCCCAACAACCACAACAGCAGCCCCAACAACUACAACUGAAGCCCCAACAACCACAACAGCAGCUCCAACAACUACAACUGAAGCCCCAACAACUACAACUGAAGCCCCAACAACCACAACAGCAGCUCCAACAACUACAACUGAAGCUCCAACAACCACAACAGCUGCUCCAACAACUACAACUGAAGCCCCAACAACCACAACAGCAGCUCCAACAACUACAACUGAAGCCCCAACAACCACAACAGCUGCUCCAACAACUACAACUGAAGCCCCAACAACUACAACUGAAGCCCCAACAACCACAACAGCAGCCCCAACAACUACAACUGAAGCCCCAACAACCACAACAGCAGCUCCAACAACCACAACAGCUGCUCUAACAACUACAGCUGAAGCCCCAACAACUACAACUGAAGCCCCAACAACCACAACAGAUGCUCCAACAACUACAACUGAAGCCCCAACAACCACAACAGCUGCUCCAACAACUACAACUGAAGCCCCAACAACCACAACAGCUGCUCCAACAACUACAACUGAAGCUCCAACAACCACAACAGCUGCUAUAACAACUACAACUGCAGCCCCAACAACCACAACUGCAGCUCCAACAACUACAACUGAAGCCCCAACAACUACAACUGAAGCCCCAACAACCACGAACAACAAGUAA